AUGUAUCAUAUAAAUAGAAGGGGAGUAAAUGAACCACUUGAAAGCAUCUAUGUUGACCUUGGUUUUAGUGGUAAUACAUUGGCAGAAGGUCUGGUGGUGAGUACAUGUCUGGGUGGAGCCUUUAUUGGAUCUUUGUUCAGUGGUUGGAUUGUUGAUGGACUUGGGCGUCGUAGGGCAUUUCAGCUGUGUGCACUGCCUAUGAUUAUUGGUGAUGCUAUGAGUGCAACAAGCAAAACCCUUGCUGGCAUGCUUUUAGGAAGGUUAUUUGUUGGGACUGGUAUGGGUUUGGGACCUCCUGUUGCUGCUCUCUAUGUAACUGAGGUUUCACCUGCUUUUGUUAGGGGUACUUAUGGAAGCUUAAUCCAAAUUGCUACAUGCCUUGGGAUCAUGGGGGCUCUUUUAGUUGGAAUCCCUGUCAAAGAUAUUGCUGGCUGGUGGCGCGUUUGUUUUUGGGUAUCUACAAUUCCAGCUACAAUAGUUGCUCUUACCAUGAUUUUCUGUGCGGAAAGUCCUUCUUGGCUGUACAAGCAAGGAAAAGCUGCUAAAGCGGAAGUUGAAUUUGAGAAGCUUUUUGGAGUAGCACAUGUCAAAGUAGCAAUGACAGAGCUGGCCAAGUUAGACAGAGGAGAUGACAUAGAUUCUGUUAAGAUUUCAGAAUUGUUAUCUGGUCCUCAUUUUAGAGUUGUUUUUAUUGGGUCAACCCUAUUUGCUUUACAACAACUAUCUGGUAUAAAUGUUGUAUUUUAUUUCUCUUCGACUAUUUUUAAGAAAGCGGGAGUACCAUCAAGUCUUGCAAAUGUCUUCAUAGGGAUUGUGAACUUAACAGUUGCUGCUGUUGACAAUUUGUGGUAUCUAAAAGAUGGAAUACAUACUGUAGUCUUGAAAAAACUUUCAGAAAAUGGAUCUUGCAGGCAAAGGACAUCAAGUGAAUUAGAUAGAGAGGUUAAGAACUUGAGGGUGGCAUUUACUGACCUGUUUUUGAAGCAUAACACUUUCAAAGAAACUGCAAAGCCAUCGAGAUAUUGAUGUAAAGAAUGGAAGAAUGUAUUUCACUAAUUUUUGUAUACAUUUCUUGUUUCAUAUUUAGUGAUAAAGGAAUCUGAAUUGGACAUAAAUUAUGUUGU